UGCGGCGGGCAGUCGGAAUGGAGGAAAAAACAGUUGCAAGACUCAAAAGAAGAAUGAGUGCAGAAGGAACUAAUACAAAACUGCCCAGAAGAGCGCGAAACCCUCCGAAAAAGAUGAGUUUGUAUGAACCAGACCCCAGCUCCCCCAGAGAUAACCAAGAUGGACUUUUUGUAUUUUUGACCUUUGAAGAUGGAUACACAGCAAAGAUUUUUAAUCUCUGUGAUAUACUAAACAAAGAUGAUAAACCCAUCGCUUGCUUUAGAGAUCUGACACCAGGAGAAGAAGUACUUGCAAGAUGGUCUGACAAUAAGUUCUACAAAGCUACAGUAGACUUCACUGGAACAGCUGACAAAACGGUGGAUACCAAGAAGGCGACUAAGAAGGACAUGAAAAAAAGAGAUGCAGCUGCACAAAGAUUCUACAACCUUCCAUUCCUACCUCAAGCAGGCCAGUCCACCUCUGCACAGGAUCACCUAAAUACUUUGGACCAAAAUGUCAUUCAGCCUCCAACAACCUGGCCAGUGUACCAGCCUCCACCCACAGAGUCAUUUCUACCUGUCCAGCCACAGCUCCAGCAUGCAACUGCCUGGCCACAGUACCAACUUCCAGUUUCCCAGUCAUCACCAAAUACGCCACAACAUUACCAGCAUUCACCAUUCCAGUCGCUCAACCAGUAUCGAACUACUCUGUCUCCAAUUCCACACAAUUCCAGGCCUUUCGCAGUAUUCAAAGCAUCACCAGCCUCACACAGCACUACCCACACCUUCAGACCAAACACAACAGCAGCCUGUUUUGGCAGAUUUGGAUCAGCGGAGACAGCCACCAGCUCCUACAGCCAAAGAAAGCUUCCUCAAAAUGUUGCACAGUCCUAA